AUGGCCUCCUAUCAGAACUCCAACAUCACGGCAAGCCAAGGACAUGGACUCGACAACGACUCGGAUAACGACUCGGACACGGGAUCGAACGCAUCCUCAGCUGGACCCUUUGCCAACCAGACAUACCCCUGGAGCAACUAUUCAUUACCACAGUUACGGGACCUCCUCCGUCAACGUGGCCAACUCACAACCGGCUCCAAGUCCGCCCUCAAAAAGCGUCUCAAAAAUCUCGAUCGUGCCACAAAAUCAUCUGCCGCAGACACAGACGCAACUACUACAACUGUGGUCGGAACAACAGGAGGAGCAUCAGGAAUAACUAGAGCGACAACUGUUGGGGCAACCCAGUCUGGACAACCAGCGGGACCAAUUGCCGUACACAAGACCAGCAACACAACCAUCCAUAUCUCCUCUCAACAGCAGCAACAACGAACUCCUACCAGCACAAACCGGGACGACCACAGCUCCUCCAGCACGGGCAAGAAUUCGAUCGGUGACUCCAAUGGCUCGGCAAAAAAGGCCCAUCCUUUACGCUCAAGGAUGCCCUCGCGAUCCAACAGCUUCUCUGCUCACUUUUCAGAUUUCAUUAACCGGCGAAGGAUUGCGCUCGAGACCGAGAGACAGGAGAUCUCAGUCUAUACCUCUCCGUUGACUGUUCUCUCCUACUUUUUCCUCUAUCUCCUGCACGAGUUCCGCAUGGUUAUCCUCUGGAUUGUAUCUCAACAAUAUCUCCUCAUCGUCCUGCCUCUCCUGACCACGGCUGUCUACUUUGUUUAUCAAACUGACGGAGCUCAUCAACCGCUCCUCAAGCAUGCCGAAUCGGGACUCAUCUGGUACGGGUACUGGAUUCUGUUAGGUGUCGCAUCUUCCAUCGGCCUCGGAUGCGGACUGCACUCCUUCGUGCUGUUCCUCGGACCCCAUAUCGCCAACGUUACACUUACGGCCUACAAGUGCGGUAACACCCAGUUCGAUGUUAGGGGAGACCAUCGGAACGAGGAAUUGGCGUCGAUCGAGGACCUGCUAAAGAAGAAGCCAGACUCUGUUUCCUACAAGGAGAGGAUCUUGCUCAUGGUCCACGAGGGCAUGAAGCGACUUGGGUUCUUUGGUAUCUUCCUCUGUGCCUCUAUCCCCAACCCUCUGUUUGACCUUGCAGGAAUCACUUGUGGGCACUUCUUGAUUCCAUUCUCGACCUUCUUUGGUGCCACGUUCUUGGGCAAGGCUGUUGUCAAAUCGUCCAUCCAGGCUGUGUUUGUGAUUCUCAUGUUCUCUGCAGACACACUGGCUGUGACCAUGAGCUGGCUAGAGCGUCAGGUACCUUUCCUUCACGGCUACCUUGCGGACGGGAUCAAUUCUCAAAAGGGAGCACUUUCAGGAGCGGGAGGACAGAUGUCGGAUGACGAGCUGGAGAACUCGACCAGUCUUGUUGGGUUGAUCUGGAACACGAUCCUGUUCAUCAUGAUCUCGUACUUUUUACUGUCGAUUGUCGAGACCAUAGCACUUUCGCAGAUUAAGAGGAGACAUGACCAGGAGAUUGUUGAAUUGGAGGGCAAGAUCCGAAGCGGCGACACCAACGCGUUGUUUGUUGCUGUUUCUGAGGAGCUUGUCAAGUCUACCAAAGCAACUACUACCACUACUACCACUACCACUACUACAAACACUGAGACGGCUUGCAUAUCGACAUCGAGCUCGAAUGGCUCCUUGACCUCGCUGACAAGCCCUGAAUCGACCGCAGGAGCAUCCCCUUCAUCUUUAUAG